GAGCGGUUGCGAUGCGUAUACCAUGGAUGAGCUCUUCGAUGUCCUCAAAGCGUCCUGCGAAGAGGAAGUCGAUUGCACAUUGCUCACUGAAAUUGUUGACUGGAAAACCGCCAUAGAUCCAUACAUCGACCAUAAAAUCAAGGGUCAUGCCACGCCACACCUCUUCCAAUUUUACAUGGAUGGGGACAACCCCGCCAUGAUGUACAAGGAGUUCUGCACUGACAAAAAAUGGGAGCCGGAUACUGGCCCUGUGUAUUGGCUUGUAAGGGACGCAAACAACGGGUGGGCAGGGCCUCAGUGGGAUUUCCAACCUUGCUGUGAGUCGCCUAAUCCAUUGGCACGCGAUUUCGUUAACGGGAUGACGAGGGUACGUGUUCUUCAUAAAUCGUGGGAGAAUACACAAAACCAAUGGGUGACACAAGACGAACACACAAGAGCAAUAAAACGUAGACGCUUGAGCUAUUGGACCGACCAUCUCAAGAAGUUUGAAAACAUAUCGCAAGAGGAGAGCGGCACGGUGCCCCUUCAAGGUGCCUUCUGGUCAUCCCCCAUGCCCGAUAAACAAGAUCUCCCGUUACGUGCGCCGCAUGUUCUCGACUCGCCACCGAGGAAACCUUGCUUCGUCGGUUACAAAAAAGACGCUCCCAAGCCGGAGUUCAAACCGCACGAGUCUGUUGCCGUGAACAACUUCGUCGUGUUCCGCGCGCCCGACGAGUAUGUUGCAAAGGGCUGCACAUUCUGGAUUGGACGAGUUCAGGAGCGGGACGAUAAUCGCAUCCGUGUCAAGUACUGGACUCCUUGCGGAAGGGAGCGCGAUUUGGCAAAGCUGUAUGCGGGCGCAUGGGAAAAAUCAUGGAAGGUCGAAACUGAAACAAACGACGGGUGGCAAGACCUCGACGCCAUUGUGUGGGCAUGGUCCAGCAAUAAACGCUCUGAAACGGGUAUGCAUAUCCCGAAACGAGAAGCUUUGAAUGCACUGUUGUCGUUGGCUGUCCCUGACAAGACGCCUUCAUCAACGCACGAUAUGGGAUCUGCUUCAGACACAUCUAUGUAGUCGUGACGUGUGACAUGCGUAAUGAAGAUCAUCUUUUGAACACGAACAAAUUAGUUCACAUCGC